UUCAAAUCUUCAGUAGGUAGGGUAAACAUUAGGCUACAGCGAGGCUAGCAGCGGAGCUAACAUCACUCCUGCCAGUGCUCACUGCAUGCUGUCUGUCCACCGGUAUUUAUUCACAAAACAUUAAUCUCAUGCUGUAAUCUGCAAAUGAUUUCAUACAUCUGAUCGAUAAUGGACUCUAAGAGGGGAAAAGAAAAUGAAACCGAAUGUGCAAAGAUUACCACCGUACUUCUGAAGUCCUCCACAGGGGAGUUCGAUCUGGAAUCUAUUUUAUUUCUUAAACUGAUUAAUUUAGGAAUUUAUGACCUUGGAUGUGUAGGAGAGUGUAUAAACCUGGAGAGGCUGGACCUCUCGGGAAAUAACAUCACGAAUCUGGGGCCUCUUUCGCCUCUACGAAGACUUCUUGUCCUUAACUUGUCAGCCAACAGAAUCUCCAAUUUAGAACCCCUUUCAAGCUGCGAAAGUUUACAGAGUCUAAAUUUGUCAGGCAAUGUGAUACCGAGUGUUGAUAAUCUCCAUGCACUCAAGUCUUUAUGGAAACUGGAAAGCAUUAGAUUGAAGGACAACAUGUAUAAUUAUACCAAUCCAGUCUGCAAGAAUUCUUCAUACCGCACCCUUCUUCUUGAAAUGUUCUCAAACAUCAAAGUGUUGGAUGGUGAAAGGGUGGUGGGACGUGGAAGUAACCUAUACCAACUAUGCAAAGACAUUGAUGAUACAAUCAAAGCAGGCUUGUAUAAAAAUGGCCAUCUGUCGGAGCUAGCAGAAUGUAAACCUUGGGUAGAUGAUGGUUUUUGGGAGAUAAAAAGAUCAAACAACGCCAUCAUAGAUGAAGCCUAUAAACAUUUUAGUGAUGUUCUUCAUGAAUGCAGACUGCUGAACAGUAGAGCAGUUCAUGUGAUCUCACAAAAUGAAAGGAACCUCAGCCUCAAGGGUCAACCAAAGCAGUAUGCUGUUUGAAUCUGUUGAUUGAGUCACACUGAAUAUUUGUUUCCAUUUGCAAAGAACGCAUAUGUUUACCACAGCUUUCUGUGUCUCAUAUGCUUGAUGCAUCACCGGUUCCAGAAAUCCAAAAUGCUCCGUGUUACCUGCAGUGUGAGGGUUUAGUUUUAGUAACCUUUUAACCUUUAAGAGACCUUUCUGAUUCUGUAGUUACCCUGAAUCCAUUUUGAUCACUGUCUCAGGAUGUUUCAAAUCAAAAGAAUCCUCUUUGCACUCCUAACACAAUACUGUAUAACAUUAUGUUUUAAAUUACACUUAAAAUGCUGCUAUUUGUAUAUUUCAUAAUAGUGAAGCCCUUCUUUUGUUUAUUAACCCUUUCUGGGGCUUUUUCCAUGUUGUACUUCUUAUUUGCUAUUUUUGAUUAAUGCUUUUGCAUUUUGCUUUUUUAUUGUAAACCCAAUGUGGACAAACUUUUGUAAUUGAAUACAGCAGUUUGUGUAGCUGUUUGUUUCAUAUAAAAAUUUUCCCUUACAUUUUCUAAAAUAUCCUUUUGCUUAAAAUGACAUCUAUACUUUAAAUAUAUAUGAUCAGCUUUGCAUCUUUGCAUUUACAUUAUGUUGGAUAAAGAAGAACACUC